ACUCAUGUACCUCCAUCUGGUGGCGCUACACACCAAAACAUGAUGCAACACUUACACAGUGGAGCGUAGAAGAAGACUUCCCCCACGACUUUGACGUAUAGCAACAUCGGCUGUCCUGACCUUCUCUCUGUAGCGUGACAAACUGAAAGAUGGCUGGAAGCAUUUUUGCAGCUUGGUGGACCAAGAUGGGCCCAUACUACUCAAAGGCGUACCAGGAGGUCUGGGUUGGAGUAGGCAUCAUGGCUUAUGCUUACUACAAACUUUCCUACGGGGGCAAGAAGGCAGUAAAGGACAAGCCUGCCCAUUGAGUAUUCCAACAUGCUGACCAGCCCCCCUCCUGUUGUCAAAUAAUCCCCUUGCCGUUUGUCCAGAAGUUCAGCUUCAUAUUAGAAUUUUUGUUAAUAUGGAACAAAUAAAGUUGCUAUCCAAACCUUUAA